UUCAACAAGAAAUUUUUUCAAUUUUUCAGUCACCACUCGGCUCGUAAACCAAAGAGAGGGCCAGCCAAUCGGUCCGCUCCUCUGUACUGCACGGCGCGCGCGUAGGCGCGGGCGCCGAGGUCACCGAAGCUCCCGCGGGCCGCGGCGGCGCCCGCGAGCAAGCCGGAGUACGUCGAGGCGCGCCCACGCGCGCUCCGCCCCCGCCGGACACCACGGCUCGACGCGAUCCCCGCCGGGCCGAGCUCUUCCGGCGGCUCGACGCCGCCUGCGACGCACGCCUUGGCGAGCCGCCGUCACCCCCGCAUUCCGCCCCGUCUCCGGAGGUUCCCGUGGAGAACGACCAGCCCAUCUGGCCGCCCCGCAGCCGCUACUGGGAGCGCUACAAGUCCCUAAGAAAUAUGGAGUCAAACCCAGAAAAACCCAUGAUCAAUCCUCCACCAUCUUGGAAGAGACAAAAGACAUCUGAUAAAGAUGGUAACCAGUGUGACAAUGCAUUGCAUCAAAUAGUCAUUUAUAAGAAUGACAAAAGUGUUAGGGGACAAGAUGAGCAGAGUGGAAACCAUUGGUCACUUGAACCAUCGAAGCCAUCAAAGACAUCAAAGCGUGCAUCAGUGAAUAUUGGAGCCUUUGCUGCUCAAUGUGCUAAAUGCCAGAAAUGGAGACUUAUUUCAACAAAAGAGAAGUAUGAAGAAAUUCGAGAGCGAAUUCGAGAAGAUCCUUUUGUCUGUGAAAAAGCCCGUGAGUGGAAGCCUGAUGUGACAUGCAAUGAUCCAUCAGAUGUAUCUCAGGAUGGCAGCAAGCUUUGGGCAAUUGAUAAACCUGACAUUGCACAGGCUCCUCAAGGAUGGGAAAGGUUAAUUAAGAUAAGAGGCGAAGGAAGCACAAAAUUUGCUGAUGUGUACUAUAGGUCCCCUACUGGAGUUCAACUGAGAUCAACGAAUGAAGUUGAGAAGUACCUCGCAGAGCAUCCAGAAUACGUCGCACAAGGUGUGGAGUUAUCUCAUUUUUCAUUCAAGGCACCGGCACCACUGCAAAAGGACUAUGUUAGAAAGCGUUCCCAGACAAGCCAAAGUGGCUUCACCCAUACAGGAUCAAGUAAACUUCUCCAACUGGAAGAAGGGCAACCCAUCUCCUGGGCAGCUCCACUGGAGAACAACAAGCAGCUGGUGAUAUACAACGAAGAUCAGCAUGAAGGUGGUACCAUCUGAACCGCCGGAGCCGGCGAAGCCUGGGAGCCUGCCGCCUGCGCCGGCCGCCUAGCCCAACAACCCUGCAUCCGGCAUGCGCAGUGUCUGACAUUUGGACGGCGUUCGAGUUCAGUGAUGCGAAACUGUAGAUGGUGCUUUCACUAGUAGUAGGACUGAAAAAUUAAUAACUUAGGUCCCCGUAGUAGGCCGUAGCACAGCUAACUGAACGCUGCUCUGGCGAUCUGUGCUACCUGAACGCUGCUCCGAUCGGCGCUAGUCUCGGUCUGAUGAUGAUGAAAACUGUGGAGAGAUUUUGGGACGGCAAGAACGUGUCGUCUAGCUUAUUAGUGGGAAGGUUUAAGUUAUGCUAAUUUCUUCUCUCUCCAUUUGAAGCAUCACUCUAUACCAAUAUUGUGGAGGGCCUGAUAGUGAUACCCGUUGUCGCUACUGGUUUGGGAAGUCCCCCACCGUUGUGUAUUCUGAAGGCUUGACUCGCUGUUCGGCCAGUCAAUGCUCGAGUACAUCACAUACAUAAUUUUGCAUCUUAGUUGCUGCGUCACACAAUCAGUUUGAA